AGUAAUUUCAAUACAAAACAUGUCUUCUUCGGCUUCAUCUACCACAAACAACAGGCUAAGUUCUAGUUCACGAAGAAGGAAAAGUGGUGUAUGUAAUUGUAACCCUCCUCAAAGACUCAAAGAAUUUACGUCUUGGACUAGGAGGAACCCAAACAGAAGAUUCUUAGGAUGUCGUAGUUAUAAUGCCUCUAGAGCUGGUUAUUGUGAAUACUUUGAUUGGGUUGAUCCUGAACUACCUGACGAAAGAUACAAAGAAGCCAUGAACGAGCUUCAUCAAGUUUCAGAAGGUAAUAGAGAGGCGGAAUUUGCAAGAGAGUCGCAUAUGGUCACUUCUUUAAAAGAAAAUUUGGUGGAGCAAAAGAAAAAGAUCAAGAUUUAUCAAACGUGCUUGAUAGUUAUCUUUAUUUUAACUAUUAUUUACGUUGUAUCUAUGUAA